UUGAAGCGUAGGGGGAGAGCCUUGGGGAGGCGGCGCCCUCCUCCAGCUUCGCGCUCACCUGGAGGGGGUCCCCUCUAGCGGCCGCACCAAGAACGUUGGAACAAACCCCGCUCUCGCUCUCCGGAGAGCUCAGAUCCUCGCAACAACCUUCUGAGAGGGACGUGGAGCUCAUGCCCAUUUCACAGAUGAAGAAAUGGCAUUUGGGCAGAGACCCCCAAGGAGGAGAAAGUAGCCAGAUUUGGUUCAGAUCUGGAGGCAGAGAGACUCAGAGGGAACACCCGAGAGCAGAACGAGGUGCUUAGAAGAACACGUGGUAGAGUUUUUCAUCAAACAAAUGGAACGUGUCGCAGAACUUUGCUACGAUGGAUGACUCAACACACAAAGACCAACACCCUGGCAAAAAACAUUCCAGCAAGGCCAGCAAAGUACAGAAAGGAUAAUAUCCCGGGUCCUGGCUUCUACAAUGUCAUUCACGAAUCUCCGGUGUUCAACAGUGUCUCGCUGUCUAAGAAAGGGACGUGCACUUUUCCCUCUAUGCGUGCCCGACUGGACACCAUCAUUUCUAAAUACCCUGCAGCUAACGCGUACACUAUCCCAUCACAUUUUGUUUCGAAGAAAGACUUCAGUAAUUCCUGUUCCAGCAUGUUUCAGUUGCCAAGUUUUGCGAAAGCCCUCAAAUCUGAAACUCCUGCACCAAACCAUUACAAUGCCUCUGUCUCUUGCUGCAAGCAAAGAAACAACGUCUGUGCCCGAGCCGGGUUUAUGUCCAAAACCCAGAGAGGAUUUUUCACUAUCACUGACACAGGACCUGCCCCAGGGCAUUAUAAUAUCAACGAAUCCCUCGUGAAGCAGUCGCCAAAGGUAUUGACGUCUUGUUUUAAAUCAAAAACUGGACGUGGAUUAAAACUGACAUCAACAGGCCCGGGACCUGCUUAUUACAACCCCAAUGACCACAUCAAAAUUCUGAAAAAGGCUCUUUUCCCGUUCGAAGGCUCACAGGGCUUACUUAUUCCUCAGAUGGUUCUAGAACUUCUGGAACUAACUGCCAGGAGAAACCCCCUCCUGAACUUCUCUGCCCAGCCUUCGCCCCUGCCCCCGAAGCCGCCUCUUCCAGGCCCCGGUCAGUACGAGAUCGUGGACUACGAGGGGCCCCCCAGACACUUCACCUCCAGCGCAUCGUUUGCGUCCAACACCCGCCGGUGGACAGCAGCCCCGUCCCAGCCAGGCCUGCCCGGCCCAGCCACGUACAAGCCAGAAUUCCCUGGAAAACAGUCCUUUCUCUACAACGAGGACAACAAAUGGAUCCCAGUGCUGUAGGGACCCCACACAAGCUCGGGGAGAACCCUGGCCACCAGCCGCCUCACCCAGGCCCCUCAGGACGUUCAUUCAGAGAAUGCCCAUCUCGUGUGUGACAGACGACGACUUGGAGGGCAGAUCUGCCCCUGCCCCCCGUCCCCCGUGGCUGGCGUGGAGCUGGGAGGCUGCGUUUGUCCUUGUCUUGAACUGCCUCCUGGAGAUCGGACACCCGCCUCCACUGACUCCAGUGGUUCCCUGAGCACAAAUGAGGGGUGGACAGAGCCCUCCUUGGUUACCUGCCAUGCACCUGCCCGUGCUGGGACGUGCAGUCCUCCCCGCAGAUGUAAGAGGUUCCUGAAGCUCAGGCUCGAGGGAGAAGGCUGCCAUUGGCAGAUUCCCCAUCUAGAAGCCUGACGCUGGGCCAGGGCUCGAGGUCCAGACUGUACCUGCUGGGUGGACCGCAUAGGACUGCGGCCCGGGCACAACUCCCAUCCUUCACCCUUGACUUCCGGGAGCCGGGAAGGCCCAGAGGUGCUUGUGACAGACUCAAGGGGGUUGCCUGGGCCCGGGCCCCCAGCUAAGCCUACGCACCUCACCUUCAGGAAGAGCAUGGCCCCAGUCACCGUGGUCACUUGUGCUCGGUACCCACCUUCAGGAGAAGGCCACCACAUCCGUUGAGUGGCCCAGCAUUCAACAGCACACGUGGGCAGGCCGCUGCUGGAGCCAGAGCCCUGGAAACAGCAUUCUGAGGGGGCAAGGGGGCAGGGAGGCACCGCUUGGUGCCUGCGGGUUCUUUCUUUUACUGGGACUUUCCUAUCCCCGGGCCUGGCCUCCGUCUCCUCCCAGGCCUCCUGCUCAAGUUUGACACAGCCUUUGAUGAAUCUUUUCUGGCCUGCCACGUCCAUUUCCCCCGGCAAGAGGGAGAGAUUCCCAAAGAACCAAGGGGGAAUAGAAGAAACCACACAUCCCCUCCUUUCCCAAACCUUGAUGUUGUCGUUCACUUCUGCAAGCGGAAGGCACUGAUGCAGCUCCCUCCCCGCUCCCCACGGAGUCCAGGCCCCUCACUCCCGGGGCCCCUCCCCUGACUCUGCUCUGUGACCAGAGGGUGAGUGGCCUUCCCGUCAGAAUGGCCGCUGACUGGCCCCCCCUGUGGGGAGGGGUGGGUGAGGAAGAGGGAGGGAGAAGGAUGGAAUACCAUAUCCAAUUAAACCGACUUCUUGCGUCUCGCCAAA